CCCCAGGGGUGAGCCAUGAUCCCACGUGCCCAAAAGUUCCACCCUCCAGGGCUGGGGCCCUGAUGUAGUUGUCCACCCCAGCCACUGGCCCUUCAGAUUCCAUGGCCAGAACCCGAGCCUCACCGGGCUCCCCGCGGCUCUGCUGCUGCCUAAUGCCCGACAUGGGUGACAGCUGGUCCCAGCUGCCGUGGCCGGGGCCACCGCACCCAGCAGUGUUGCUGGUCUCGCUCCUCCUGGCCGCAGGGGUGAUGCCCUCGGAGGCCGGCAGCAGCUGCCCGGUCCUCUGCACGUGCCAGAACCAGGUGGUGGACUGCAGCAGCCAACGGCUCUUCUCCGUGCCCCCCGACCUGCCGAGGGACACCCGCAACCUCAGCCUGGCCCACAACCGCAUCGCCGCCGUGCCACCCGGCUACCUGACGUGCUACAUGGAGCUCCGCGUGCUGGACCUGCGCAACAACUCCCUGGUGGCGCUGCCCCCGGGCCUCUUCCUCCACGCCCAGCGCUUGGCACACCUGGAUCUGAGCUACAACAACCUCAGCCACGUGCCCGCGGACAUGUUCCGAGAGGCGCACGGGUUGGUGCACAUCGACUUGAGUCACAACCCGUGGCUGCGUCGGGUGCACCCGCAGGCCUUCCAGGGCCUGCUGCAGCUCCGGGACCUGGACCUCAGCUACGGGGGACUGGCCUUCCUCAGCCUCGAGGCCCUCGAGGGCCUGCCCGGACUGGUGUCCCUGCAGAUUGGAGGCAACCCCUGGGUGUGUGGCUGCACCAUGGAGCCCCUACUCAAGUGGCUGCGGAACCGGAUCCAGCGCUGUCCCGCGGAUUCUCAGCUGGCUGAAUGCCGAGGCCCCCCUGAAGUUGAGGGAACCUCCCUUUUCUCCCUCACUGAGGAAAGUUUCAAGGCCUGCCACCUCACCCUGACCCUCGACGAUUAUCUUUUCAUCGCUUUUGUGGGCUUUGUGGUCUCCAUCGCAUCUGUAGCCACCAACUUCCUCCUGGGCAUCACAGCCAACUGCUGCCACCGCUGGAGCAAGGCUAGCGAGGAGGAGGAGAUCUAAGGGGCUUCCUGACGGUACUCUGUGCCACCAAGCCACCCCUACCCUUGACCACUGGAUCCCCUUCCUGGGUACCCAAUCUGGCUCUGGGGAGCUCUGUCCUCUCUGGCAGGGCUCAGGUGAGGUCAGGAAAUGAACUCUUGUGUGAUCCAGGCACUGUGCUAGGAACCGGGGGUGUUUGGUGAUCCCCACCUCAUCCCUGGCCUCCAGGAACUUCCUUCAAAGAGAGGAGAACAACUUGAAAUUUACUUCAUUUCCCAAGGUGUUUUUGUCCCCCUGAGCACUUUAUUUUGGGUGUUCAGAGGUGUUAUCAUCAACCUUGCACAGAAAAGUCCAAGA